UCGAUCGCUUCUCUCUUUUUCGACACUUCCGUUGCAUAUUUGCGUGACGUUACAUUUGUAAAAAUUUUACCCUCAUGCGCCUAAAGAAGUUUCACUUCAAAAAAUUCUCAAACUCGAACACUGUGUUUAUCGCUUAUCGGCCUUUUGGCUAAGAUCAAAGUGUAGUUUGUUGUUUUUUGUGAGAAUCCGGUAAAACUAUAAGAAUUAAACCUAAUAUUUAAUAUAAUUAAUAUUAAACCUAAAACCGAUAUCUACAGCAAACUUAUCCAAAUAUAAACUGAAAACUCCAAGCGUAGCAAAUGAAAUAUCAGAGAGCGAAAUAUAAUACGCCAAGAUAUAAAUAACAGAUACAUAAUAUUUUAUAUUACUUAAUAUAUUUGAUUAUUUUGACGCAUAUUUGAAAUAACCUCUCAAAGUUCAAACCGACAACCGUACAACGAACACAAGGAGUUCUAAGCGAUAUUUAGGGGUAUUAGAAUUUGAUUCUGGCCUCUGGAGUCUGGGAAAUACAUUCUUUAGUAGUGUCAUAGUCAAAUAAAUAAAAUAAUAAGUAUAUUUAGACCUAUAUAUUUUAUGUGCUCGUCCCACGAUAAAUAGUGAAAGAAAAUAAAUAGUUAAAAAACUUGCAUAGUUAAAGCUUCGAAAUAUGGUUCGAGGUACGACAAGAAAAGAGGGAAGUACAUCUAGAGUUGAAGAGUCCCCAAAUACCACUAAUGCAGUGCCUGAGUGUGUUCGUUAUAUAUUAUGUCGUGAAGGAAGCAAAGUUCCAAUCAAAAGAAGUGAAAUUAAAGAUUAUCUCAGUACGUCAUCACAAAUCUCCCAAAAUGAUAUGAAUAGUAUCAUAUUGGAAGCUGAAAGAAUUUUAAAAAAGAUCUAUGGUUUCAAAUUAGUGCAAAUAGCAUCAAAAUCUGGAGUUCAAUACAUUGUAAUUUUGGCUGAACUAUGUGAAGAUUCCUUGUUAUCUACUGUAACUGAUGUUUCUCACAGACAGCUGCUGAUUUCAGCACUAACACAUAUUUUUAUGAGUGGAGGAACUGUAAAAGAUGACGAUAUGUGGAAUUUUCUAACUGAAACUGGUCUCCUAAAAGAAACGGAUAAUGCAGGACGCAAAAUUAUUACUAAUUUAUUUACUAAACAAUUGUAUCUAAAGUAUAUCAAGGUUGGUGAAAAUGAAUUAGCCAGAUAUGUUUUUGAAUGGGGUCAAAGAGCAAUUGAAGAAGUACCUAAAAUAUUUCUACUUAACAAAAUGGCACAGGCAUUUCAAAGAGAUCCAAAAGACUGGAUUGAACAAUACCAAGCCUGCACAGUAAUGGAUAGUUCUGCAUGAUAUGAUACUUUAGGCAUGCAAAUUACCAUACCAUACCAUACCAUUAACAUACAACAAAUUUAUAACAUAAGAAACGUUAAAUAAAACCAUUUUUAUCUGAA